AUUUGUGAGUAUGAUUUAAAUCACUAGUUGUCAAGUUUUUCUUAUAUGGGUUGCUCUGUUUUGCUAUAAAUAUCACUCUAUAUCUAUAGUGUGUAAGUUUUGUGCAAAAAGAUUGAAUCUUGCUUGAAAAAAAUGGAAAUUUUCAAGCUAUUCUUGAUGGGCUUGCUCUUGUUUGGAGCAAAUGCAAUGAUUCUUGAAGAUGAUAAAAGAGCAUUGUUGGAUUUCAUGAACAAUCUUGCACACUCCAGGUCUCUAAACUGGGAUGCAAAUUCACAAACUGUGUGUAAUCUUUGGACUGGUGUCACGUGCAGUGAAGAUGGGUCACGUGUCAUUGGUCUCCGGCUUCCCGGAGUUGGAUUUCACGGCCAUAUUCCGGCAAACACUCUAAGCAGACUGUCAGCUUUGCAGAUCUUGAGCCUUAGAUCUAAUGGUAUUUCUGGCCCUUUUCCUGAUGAUUUCUAUAAGUUAAAAAACUUGUCUUUAUUGUACCUACAAUUUAACCAGUUUUCUGGUCCAUUGCCUUUAGAUUUUACUGUUUGGAAGAAUUUAACUAUUGUUAAUCUUUCAAAUAAUAAGUUUAAUGGGUCAAUUCCUAAGUCCAUGUCUAACUUGACCCAUCUUUCUGCUUUGAAUCUUGCUAAUAAUUCACUCAUUGGAGAGAUUCCGGAUAUUGGUAUGCAUGGUUUGCAAGUUCUCGAUCUUUCGAAUAAUCAUCUUACUGGAAUAGUCCCUAAAUCACUUCAUAAGUUUCCAAAAUCAGUGUUUUUAGGUAACAAUGUGUCUACAGUAUAUUCUGAUGAAGUCCCAAUUGUUAUGCCCACUCAUAAGCCAAAUCCAAGUGGUAAAAGUGGUAGAAAGUUGAGUGAAAAGGCCCUUUUAGGUAUAAUUGUGGCGGUUUCUGUCCUUGGUUUUAUUGGUUUGGCAAUCUUUUGGAUAAUGUGUUGUUUAAAGAGGAAGAAAGGAGAUGGGAUUUCUUCAAAACUUGAGAAAGGUGGGAUGUCGCCUGAAAAGGCUAUUUCUCGAACCCAAGAUGCUAAUAAUAGAUUGGUUUUCUUUGAGGGUUGCAAUUAUGCAUUUGAUUUGGAAGAUUUGUUAAGGGCUUCUGCUGAGGUUUUGGGUAAAGGUACUUUUGGAAUGUCCUAUAAGGCUAUUCUUGAAGAUGGGACUUCUGUUGUGGUCAAAAGGUUGAAAGAAUUGAGUGCUGGAAAACGUGAGUUUGAGCAGCAAAUGGGGAUUGUUGGGAGUAUCAAACACGAUAAUGUGGUUGAGUUAAGGGCUUAUUACUACUCGAAAGAUGAGAAGCUUACGGUUUGUGAGUAUUACAGUCAAGGGAGUGUUGCGGCUAUGUUACAUGGUAAAAGAGGGGAAGAUCGGGUGCCAUUAACCUGGGAAACCCGUCUUAGGAUUGCUAUCGGUGCAGCCCGGGGCAUUGCUCAGGUCCACACCGAGGCUGGUGGUAAGCUUGUCCAUGGCAACAUCAAAUCAUCAAACAUCUUUCUUAACUCUCAAAACUAUGGAUGUGUAUCUGAUAUCGGUUUAUCAACAAUCAUGUCUCAAAUUGCCACCCCCAUUGCACGGGCCGCAGGCUACCGGGCCCCAGAAAUCACCGACACUCGAAAAGUUACUCAACCUUCGGAUGUCUAUAGCUUUGGUGUGCUCUUACUGGAGCUUUUGACCGGUAAGUCACCAGUCCACACUACAAGUGGAGAUGAGGUCAUUCAUUUGGUUCGUUGGGUUCACUCUGUUGUCCGAGAAGAGUGGACUGGUGAGGUUUUUGAUGUAGAGUUACUAAAGUAUGUCAACAUUGAGGAGGAAAUGGUUGAGAUGUUGCAGAUUGCAAUGUCAUGCGUGGCAAGGGUAGCGGAUCAAAGGCCAAAAAUGGCUGAGGUUGUUAAGAUGGUUGAAGACGUUAGACGGACUACGGGAUCACAGAACCCAACACCCCCGCCGGAGAGUUCACCGCCACAAAGGCAUGAGGCUCUUGAGACAGAAUCAUCUGGUCAUUAACGAGUUUCGUAGAUGCUGUUUUUGUUUCAUUAUCUCAAUGAUCUAAUUUCAGAUACUUUCAUAGUUUCAUGGCAUCAUUUGUGUGUUGUAUCAUUGCAAGUUCUUUAUGUCAUUAAUUUUGUAAUGCAAAAUUUGAGUCAAAUCUAAUUUUAAAUUUAUAUACGCUUUA